GAGGUGUUACGCGCAGUAUUUAAUGUUUUAUUCUUUUCACGACAGUUUUUUAUAUUAUAUUCUUUAUUUAUUCUAUAUUUCAAUAUUAUUUCAGUCUUUUACGAACUAUUUAUUCUGCUCCCCAACUCUAUGUAAGCAUAAUUAUUACUGUUAAUUCAAGUUUCUAUUUACGAAAAUGCCAAGCAUGUAUGUGUUUUGUUUCUUUUCUCAAACCCUAAAAUUGUCAUGCUGUUCAGUUUCCCUGAGUGUCGAGUUAUAAACGUUGAUCACACGAUUCUAAAAUGUCAAAACUCACUCAUUUUUAAAUAAGAAACUUUCCUGGGGUAAGAUCCCAAUAUGUACUCUCACAAUAUGUGUUAUAAGUCGGCACCCCUGUGCAGCGUACUCUGAUGAAGAUUGGCAAUUAUUCUCUGUCUUCGAUUACCACCUUAGUGUAAGAUACUAAACUCAACUAAACUAGUAUUUGGUUCAGUGUUCAUAAAGUUAAUAUUAUAUUGUAAGUUAAGCGUAAUAUAUAUCACUAAUUUAGUGUUUAAUGUCGUAUUAUGUAUUUUUAUUGUUGUAAGAUGACAAAGUAGAUAUUUAUUUUACUUGAGGAUUGUUCAGAAGGCUAAAAUUUGUGUUUGUGUUUCAGUGUAAAUCACCUGGACAUAGCGCCUCAGCAUGCCAGUGUUCUAAUGGGACUUUCCAACACAUUUGCAUGUGUUAUAGGCUUUCUGAGUCCAUUUCUUAAUGAAUACAUCCUCAAAGAUAGGAUUUUGGAGCAGUGGCAGUUAUUGUUCUACAUAAUAAUCGCCGUCCAUCUCUUGGCAUCACUCUUCUACUGGGCAUUCUCUUCAUGAGAGAGACAGCGUUGGGCUCCACCUGCACCUACCCCAGAAUCAGAGAGCCUAUCACUCCCACAACGAAGCAAUGUCAUCUGAUUCUUCACAAGGGACACAGAUGUAUGUUCUGGAAGAGAAGACGUCACCUAGUAACAUUCCUCGCGUUCCUGGGUUUCUUAAACGUGAGCAGUCUCAGGGUGAACUUCAUGCACGCUAUUAACACCAUGAUGACUCCUUACAAUGUCACCCUGGGCAACGGAACAGUUGUGGAGAAAGUAGACAUCACCUGGAAUAUCAUGGAAAUAUUCAAUAUUUUGCGCGCCCCCUACUUCGGAAAUGCCGCCACUCAGAUUCUAGGAGGGUGGCUAGGUGCCUGUCUGGGGGGCAGUCGAGUGUUCGGUGUGGCGGUAGCCUUAUCAGCACUCUUUUCUCUUGUUACGCCUUUUCUGGUCAACAUAGGCGUGGCCAACAUACUGAUAGCCAUCAGAUUCAUGGAGGGUCUCUUUGAGGGUGUCACUUACCCGAGUAUUAUCGCCGUCUGGUCUCGAUGGGCGCCUCCCCAGGAGCGGGCUCGCCUGGUUACCAUCGCCUUCGCGGGCAGAUAUUUUGGUACUGUAGUCAAUGACCCAGUUUUCCGCCUCAUCAUCAAUACCCUAGGCUGGUCGUACAUCUUCUACGUCACAGGUAUAGUCGGGUUAAUAUGGUGUGCUGUUUGGUGGAUUGUGGUGAAGGACAAACCGGAAGACGAUCCUCACAUCUCCACAGAGGAACUAAAGUACCUUAGAGAUAAUCUUGAUUGUGGACCUAAUGACUCUAUUCCUAAACAUAUUAUCUAUCCUUGGGACAAGUUCAUCACGUCGAUGCCUGUAUGGGCCAUAGUUGUGGCUCACACCUGCCUGAGCACUGGCCUCUCUCUGGACGGUGAGAUGCCGACGUUCUUGAGAGAUAUAUACAACUACAGGAUGGAUGAAACCGGGCUUAUGUCAUUCCUGCCAUAUCUACUGAUGGUUGUCCUGAUGGUGGUUGCUGGAACAUUGGCUGACUGGUUGAGGAACACAGAAGUGCUCACUACCACACAAGUGCGGAAAGUUUUCAACUGCGGUGCCUUCAUAAUUCAGGCGAUAUUUGUGUUCCUUGCAGGACACUUACACUCCGUUAAUGCUGUGUUAUUCUGUCUGGUAAUGAUCGUAGGACUGUCAGCAUUUCCUUGGGCUGCCUUCAGUGUAAACCACCUGGACAUAGCGCCUCAGCAUGCCAGUGUUCUAAUGGGACUUUCCAACACAUUUGCAUCCGUUCUCAGCUUUCUGAUUCCAUAUCUUACGAGUUACUUCAUGACAGAAAGGAGUUUGGAGCAGUGGCAGUACGUGUUUUACGUUAACAGCGCCAUCUGUCUCGUGGGGGCUCUCUUCUACUGGGCAUUUGCUUCAGGAGAGAGACAGCGCUGGGCUCCCCCUGCACCCACCCCAGAAUCAGAGAGCCUAUCACUCCCACAACGAAGCCAUGUCAUCUGAUCCUGUAUGAGGAAUUGUAAUGGAACUGUUGUUAUUUUUGUUACUGAAUUGAAUAUAUUCUAAACUAUGUACUAAACCAUAGCUACCGUGCACAACUACUGCUUUGAAACGUUUUUGAAUAUUUAAAGAAACUGUUCUUACAGUUCAUGUUCUUCAGUUCAUUACGUAUUAAUUAUAUUUUUUUUUAUUUUGGGAGAAAGUUACCCCAUAGAGGAGGUUACUUUAUUCCAAGUAUAAAACUAUAUGAGUAAGUAAGCCAAGUCAUUGUAAUGGGGUAAAGUAACACUCAGGUAAUAAAAUAGUCCAACUUGGUUCUAAAUAACUUAGAGGUUUAUUUUAAUCAUACAAAAGAUAUCUGUAAAAUAUUUUUCGUUUUAAUCAGAGAAUGUAUUCUCUCUGACCGUUUACCAACUAACGUUUGAUUUUAAACUAAAUUAACCUAAAUAUUUUUGAAAUUAAUAUUUAAAACCAUACUGGUACACUACAAAUAAAAUACUGGAUGUGAAGUUUCAAUAUAUGCUCACAUGACAGCUAACAGAACCAUACACGGUCAAGUUCUGGGACUGAAAAAAACACGCUUAGAAACUUGUUUUUGGAGGUUCGAUUCCUUAAAGCACAUCUUUCCAAGUGUCUUUCUGAUCCGGCCAUUUCAAGGACCUCUGCAUUGAAAUGUUCACUUCACAAUCAUUAAAACUUUCAAACUCACCAAACCUUUCUGACAACACUUUUUAGUGAAAGGCAAGAACCCAUUGUCCCCUGCAGUAACUCCUCAAAAUCGUUUUAUUCCUCUUUUUAAUAUUAUUCUACUACUGUGUGAAGAUCAACAUCCAUAUGCUGUCUUCACAUUAAGCUUCCGCUUUUUUCUUUGGAAAUAUUUUAUAUAUAUAUAUAUAUAUAUAUAUAUAUAUAUAUAUAUAUAUGUGUGUGUGUGUGUGUGUGUGUGUGUGUGUGUGUGUGUGUGUGUGUGUGUGUGUGUCUCUUACCUUAAUGCUUACAACCCGUCUAGAUGCCAAAGCUUGAAGGUAUUAGAUAUUGAACUAUUUUAAUAAAUACCUGGAAGAAAAUUAAUAUUUUUUUAUAAAUCAGCAUGGUUUCUAAAACAAAUAAAACGGCAAAAACUUUGGUACUUAAUUUAACAAAUGUCAUUAAUUAUUUUUUAAUCUCCAGAGAACAAGUUUGGCCAAUUAUGUCAAUUCCUCAAACGCAUUUGAUACCCUUAACUACGACAUACUGCUGGGUGAAUUUAAAUAAUAUUGGAAUUGAAGCCUGAAUUUUAAAGUGGUUCACAAUUACCUGUAAACAGACCAUUUUCUGUUAAAAUAGCCAAUGAAUAUAGUUCUUACAGAGUAUCCAAUCAGGGAGUCCCACAAGGUAGUGUUUUGGCUCCAAUUUUAUUAAGUAUGUGUAAGCAGUAUUUCCAAACAAAAUUUUAAUGGGAAUUUUUGUAUGUACUCAGAUAAAACAGCACUUAUGAUGGUCCAUAAAGACUUUUUUCUAGCAGGAUAAUUUUUCUUCUCACUAUAAUAUAAUCCUUAGAUGGGGACAUGACAGAAAACUAGUAAUAAACUCUCGUAAAUAACUUUAAUUUCUCUCAUAUUUAAUAUUAUUGACUGUGUUUACUUAUUUUACCACAAUGAAAAUAGUUGUUUCAGCCAAAAUCUAAAAGUGGCAGCGAUGAAAAAUAAUUUAGGUAUCACUAUCGACCACAAAUUAGUACAAUAAAAUUAACCUAUACAACAAAUACGUGCAACAGCACACCAUCAAAAAUUGACAAAGAGCAAACAUAACAGAACGUUUUUAAUUAUAUAAUAUAACAGAUUGACAGAAGAUUGUUAACAACAAGUUUUUAAGAUUUAAAUAUUAAUACAAACGGAUAAUUUCGGGAUAUCAAUAUAUUAAUAACAACAGUGUAAUAAAUAUAUUUAUAUGGCAAAAUAACAAAUAUAUAACAAUGUAAAACUAUAACUAACAAUAAUAUACCCAUACAUUCACAUACAUAUACAAAUGAUCUACAACCACAGUGUGUAUGUGUAUCUUAUGAUAUGAAUUCUGUACAUUCCAUCUUGAAUUUAGGUUUACCUUCAAAGAAUAUACUGUUGCCAUAUAUAAUAACAAGUUUAUUGAACAAAGUUCGGCCAAGAUGGGAAAAUUGAUGUCUAGAAAUUUCUUCAAAAUAAUUUGGUAUAUGCAGACAGUUGAGUUGAACAGAUCUUGUCUCUCUAUAUGUUAUUUUAAUAGGAAAUCUCUGCAGAUGCUUAUGCAUAUACAUCAAUGCAUUUAACUAGAAAAUUUGAUCAAAAUAAAGAUUAUUAUUAUCAUUAAAAAAAUAGCUUACUCUAUCCAUAUUGUAAUACUAUAAAUUAUGCGUAAGACAUUCCGAUGACACAUUACCACAGGUUAUAAUAUAUAAGUGCUACCAUAAUGCAUGAUACCGUGUCACAAUGUACUCUCAAACCAAGACAUUAUAUAAUUGGCCAUAUAAAUUUAUUUGUCAUAAAUUGUUUCAUGUGAUAUAAAAAAUUAUUUAUUUUCCUCAUUUUCUGGCCAAAUAUCUUAUAUCGAUUACCCAUUUCGAAUUAGAGUCAACAUAGCCAAGACCUGAGCCUUCUAUUCCAUAAUUCUUACAUGUUUGUAUUGAUAUUUAUACCUAAAAAGUCAAAUGCUUUUUUUAAACAAAAUAAAUAGCAAGAAUUAAUGUAAGAGGAGUGAUGGAAUUUGUGGUGCAGCUUAGUAAAAAACCAUAUUGAUUGUUGAAAAUAAAUUAAAGUAUUGUACUUUAGCAGCAUUUCCUUAGUUUAAGUAUAAAACAACUUGGUACUGGUAAGCGAUAUUGGGCGAGAUGAUGACAAAUCAGUGUCAUACACUUUCUUAUACACAGGUAAAGCUACAGCAAUUUUAAACUCAUCAGGAAAUACUCCCUGUUUAAGAGACUUUUUGUAAAUACAGUACAACAAUGGUACAAAUAUAUCUACCGACUUUUUAAUUAAAUUGCGGAAUUAACUACAUGUUUAUUACAUACAAUACUGCAAAACGUUUAUUUCUUGCAAGGUAAAGUGGUGGUAGUAAAAUUUAAUUUUAAAACUAUUAUUUCCUUGUAGUUGCCUUAUUGUCCAUAAUUUCCUUAAGUAUUAAAUUGUCUACAAGUCUCUCUGUAAAAAUUUAUGUUUUUGUUACCUAUUAAAUAAAUUGAUUGUACGUUAAACAUAAAAAAUUGUUUUUCGAAUGCUCUUUUUUUGUGUUUUACAUACUCGUGGUACAUCUUAAACAAUAAGAGAGAUACAGUUAUGGAACAAACUCUAUUCAAUUUAUCAUGUCAACAGCCAUUAGAAAGAAAUGAAUUCGUCUCUAAAUCCCUCUUACCAAACUCUCAACAAAUGAUAAUUUAACCUCGGUUACUAAAUUGUGGAUGAAAUAUUUUGUUGGCUAUUAAUCAGUAAAAAAGCAUUUCCGGGGAUCUUUUUAUAUGGAAUUAUUUCAUUAUUUUUGAAAGUAAAAUGCUCCUUAUACCAUCCAAUCCAAAACUACUCUUAUGUGUUAUUCUAUGAAAUAUUUCAUAAAAAUUUAUUUCAACUAUAUCACUAUGUAUAUCAAAUAUAUUAAUAAUACGUGUGUGUGUUUGUGUGUGUGUGUGUGUGUUUUUUUUUUUUGUAAUUAUUGGUAAUAUAUUGUGAUACAUUUUUCAGUAGAUUUAAUUGAAUAUUACAUGUUUAGAUUGUAUAUAUUAUAUGCUGUAAUUAAUGCAAUUUUUGUAAUUGCUUUGUCUGUAGUCUAGUUGUACUUUCCUUUGUUAAUGGCUACAAGUACUGUCGCCAUAAAUAUUGUUCGUUUUGUAAAUUAUAAGGUAUUAGUAUUAAGAAGAUGUUUAGAGUAAAGAUGGGUACCCAACGAUGAAUUAUUUGUAUUGUUUUGGGACCCAAGACGCUGUAUGUGUUUUGCAAAUAAAAUUCUUUAUUCUUCACUA